GGUGCAGCCGCCGGUGCUGGGCGAGGUCGGAGAAAGUCCAUGUGAGGAGGGAGCCAGCGGAAAUCACUUCCUGCUGCCGCCGCCGCCGCCGCCGCAGCGGCCGGGACCGACUCGCUGGGGAGUGAAGGGGAGAACGGAGGAAGGAAAGGACCAGUCUAGGGGUGGGGGGACGCGGCUGCCACUGCAGGCCACGGUGAAGCCCCUGGCCCCGGAGUCCCCGAGCUGGCGUCAGGGGUGCGUAAAGCUGCCUGCAGAUGUGCCCUUCUUUGGAACCAGCUGUGUUGAAUGUCUAAGGUGUCCUGGCUCCUUGCCCAGUCAUGUCCCAGAUGUUGCACAUAGAGAUCCCCAAUUUUGGGAACACUGUCCUGGGCUGCCUGAAUGAACAGCGUCUGCUGGGGCUCUACUGUGAUGUCUCCAUAGUCGUCAAGGGGCAAGCCUUCAAGGCUCACCGUGCGGUCCUGGCGGCCAGCAGCCUCUACUUCCGGGACUUGUUCAGUGGGAACAGCAAGAGCGCCUUUGAGCUGCCGGGCACAGUGCCCCCUGCCUGCUUCCAGCAGAUCCUCUCCUUCUGCUACACUGGGAAGCUCAGGAUGGCGGCAAGUGAGCAGCUCGUGGUGAUGUACACGGCCGGCUUCCUGCAGAUCCAGCACAUUGUGGAGCGGGGCACAGACUUGAUGUUCAAGGUGAGCUCGCCCCACUGUGACUCACAGACCGCCAUGAUCGAGGACACCAGCUCGGAGCCCCAGAGCCCCUGCAACCAGCUGCAGCCAGGCCCUGCACCCUAUGUCAUGUCCCCCUCUGUGCCCAUCCCGCUUCUCACCCGUGUGAAGCAUGAGAACCUGGAGCUCCAGCCGGCGGCAGGCCCAGGCCUGGCUGCCAAGCGGCCCCUGGAAGUUGGGGCCCGGGAUGGAUCGGGGGGCGGCGGGGCGGCAGUGGGCGGGGCGGCACCUCUGAAGCUGUCUCGAGUCUCGUACUAUGGGAUGCCCAGCCUGGCCACUCUCAUCCCCAACAUCCAGCAGGUACAGUACUCCCAGGGUGAGAGGACCAGCCCCGGGGCCAGCAGCCUCCCCACCACUGACAGCCCCACCUCCUACCACAAUGAAGAGGAUGAGGAGGACGACGAGGCCUAUGACACAAUGGUAGAGGAGCAGUACGGCCAGAUGUAUAUCAAGUCCACAGGCAGCUACUCAGUGCAAGAGAAACCAGAGCAGAUUCCUCUGGAGAGCCGCUCUUGUGUCCUGAUCCGAAGAGACCUGGUAGCCCUUCCCGCAAGCCUCAUUAGCCAAAUUGGCUACCGCUGCCACUCUAAGCUCUACUCAGAGGGUGACCCUGGCGAGAAGCUGGAGCUUGUUGCAGGCUCUGGAGUCUACAUCACACGGGGUCAGCUGAUGAACUGUCACCUCUGUGCCGGUGUGAAACACAAAGUCUUACUGAGACGGCUUCUUGCUACUUUCUUUGAUCGGAAUACACUAGCCAAUAGUUGUGGGACUGGAAUCCGCUCUUCUACUAGUGAUCCCAGCCGGAAACCUUUGGACAGCAGAGUUCUUAAUGCCGUGAAAUUAUAUUGUCAGAAUUUUGCCCCAAGCUUUAAGGAGAGUGAGAUGAAUGUCAUAGCUGCAGACAUGUGCACCAAUGCUCGUCGAGUUCGCAAACGGUGGCUACCCAAGAUCAAGUCCAUGCUGCCUGAGGGGAUGGAGAUGUACCGAACCGUCAUGGGCUCCACCGCUGCCGGCGUCCCCCUGGAGCCUGAGUUCCAGGCCACCACAGCCCAGGUAUUUGAGCAGAGAAUCUACGCAGAGCGGCGGAAUGAUGCCGCCACCAUUGUGGCUCUGAGAACUAACACGGUCAAUGUAGACCUGAGCAGUGCUUCCAACCCACCAUUCGAGCCAAGUGAAGAGGCAGAUGGGGCCGGUUCAGUCAUUCAGGAGGUGGCUGGGCCAGAGCCCCUAUCCUCGGAUAGCCAAAGCACUCCCCAAUCUUUCGAACAAGGUCCUGCCAGCACCAGCAGGCCGGAGACACCGGUGAGAAGACAAGAUGGUACUUAUGGAGGGACUUUGUAAAGAUACCUAAAGAGAAGAAAAAAAAUUGUGACUUAUAAGGGAUCUAAAUACUAAAGCUGCUUGCAUGCAUACUAAUACAAAAAAAAUGUGAUCAAGCCACUUACCUACUGAACUGCUACUGUUGCCUGAAAAAAAUGUGAUUUUUAUUCUGCUUGUAUUUAAAAUUUAUGAAGGAAAUAAUCGCAUUCGUUAUACUGUAAAUGAUUAGGUCAGUGACGGCCUAUUUAAGAGAGUUCCUGGGCAAUUUUUUUUUUUAAUACUCCUGAGGUUAGACUCUAAACUUGUAGCUUUUUUUCUCCCCUUCCUUACAAGGGGAUGGGGUGAAGGAGGACUGAGACAUCCCCUCCCAUUGUUUCUGCACCCAGGUCCUUUCCACCCCUUUUCUUCCCAGCGCAGAACUAAAGCCAUUGUUAAUUCCUCCUUACUCUACAGAAGGUUGUGCCAUCACUCAGGAGGAGAAAGUUUUUGGAUGGUCAGAGAAUGUCUGGCAGCUCAAGGACCCACAGGACUUGGCAGGUGAUUUGACUGGAGACUCUUCACUUAACACUCCAUUCCUAACUUGUAGUGGUCCUCACCUUGAGGGUCUUUACGUGUAUCAGGGGUAUGGAGGUUGGGGAUGGGCAGGCUGAGCUGAGGCAGAGAGCUUUCCCCAGGAAGUCUCCCCGAACUUUUUUCCCCUGUGUUCUCCCCCCACCCCAACUGAGACUCUUUUCAGUGUCAGGAUUAGCCAUGGUUCCAUAUUUGUGUUUCUCAUGUAUGUGCUUUGGGGGUCACAGCAGCAGGGUAUGGGGGAGGUAGGGGUAUUAUUGGUAUGGGAGUGUUAGGAGAUGUUGGUUGGCACUGAUUGGUGUAUGUGAAUAUGUGAAGACAUCCCAUUGUCCUUACUCCUCCCCUCUCCUCCCUUCCCAAUCAGAUCCCUAUUUCUCUUCCUACUAAAUGAGGUACCACUCAAUAUAGCCCUCAGUGAAUAGUCCUCUGAGUUCGCUUUAACUCCUUCCCCCACCCCAAACUGUGCAUUCUUUUAUCUCUUCCACAUCGCUCAUGUGAAACCCCGUUUUCAUGAAUCUGAGGGGCCGCUUGCCCGGUAGUGGUCACCCUGGAGGAGUUGGGGGGAGCCAUGAUGAGUCAGCUGGGUGGUAGAGGUAUGGUUACAGGCUUGGCCCUUCUUAGGGUUCACUUGGAGCUCCCAUGAUCUCUUCAAGAGUGAGUUUAAUGUGAGGGGAUGAACUCCAGAGGACCUCCCUCUCCCUCCUGUAGUAAGUAAGAGCAGGGGUGAAAGGGAUUGUCCAUCUCUUGGCCUUCCUUUUUAUGUGGAAUUGUUUUGUGACUAUCCUGGAACCCUUUGAAUUUUGUAUGACCUUAUGUUCUUUGAUUGAAAGGAAAACUUCAUUUCCCAAUUUCUUUGUCUUCCUUCCCCUAUACCCCAAAUAGACCAAAUUUUUGGGAAUGAGGCAUAGAUGUGUCUGCUUUUUUUUUCAUGAAAUAUGGCCAUGGCCCCAUUUAGGAGACGUGACAACUCGGCUUUGACAGGCAGAGAGCUUUUUCCAAACUAUCAAUUGUUGGUGAAAGCCGGACCACAUGGCAUUCCAUGACCUCUGCUGCAGGAGGAAGAGGCCAGACCUGGAGGCAGGGGCCAGGGUUGGGGAAAGUCAGGGUCAGGUUUAGGUGAAGGAAAAUGUGUCUCUGCCAUUUUCCUUGUCCAAUGAUGAAUCCUUGUCUCCAUUUCCAUUUGGAGAGGGUUUUCCAUUGCUGGCACUCUCAGUAGAGAGCAGAUGGCUUGCCCCUCCUGGGAAUGUUUAGCCAAGGAGCAGGGUUAUCCUUUGCCUGUGUAGACCCCCUAGGUUAAAGGGGGUUCUGGAAUGUGUGUAGGUGCUUGUGCAAGUAGUGACAGUGAAUUGGGGCUUGUGCUCAGUGGAGAGAUCCAUGAGUCUUAGUGGGUAGGGGAGAACAAAAUCCCCACUCCCCACCCCAUGAUUUCUUCUUGGCACCAUUUCUUUUUUCUUACCCCCUUCCCACCACCACCAUGGACAGUGGAUCCUGAAAAGAUUGGUUUUUGACUGAAUUCAGUGCUCAAUAUGUGCCAGUAGUUCCUCUCCAUCGUAAUCUCUGCUUUCAGGCCACAUGGCUGUCUAGGUGUAGGUUUAUGUCCAGCUGUGUGGGAUUCAGAAAUGGGGAAAGGGUCAUGAGCAGAAGCUGGAUUGGUCAUACUGUCUACCUGUGUUGUAGACAAUGUGGAGUCCAUGGUGUUUGUAGAGAAGAAAUACCAGGCAGUUUCACUGGUAUGAAACUGGUGCUUAGUACUGUAGCAUUGGGGGGAUGCUUUUAGAGUUUAAGAUGAGAGUGGGGGGUGGUCAGAAUGUUGUGAAAGGGCAAUGCAAGAAGUGGUUAUUUUUGUUUUUGUUUUAAAUUUUCUGAGAUUGAAAUAUGCUCACUUUGCAAUUUAAUUUUUUUUAAAAGCAAAGGAAAAAAAAAACCAGUGCAACAUCUACACAAAUGGUCACUGGUCAGAGUGACUUCUUCCUUUGUGGAUCACAGUGCUUUGGGUUUUUUGAGGGGGGCAUUCCCCUACUCCCCACCCCAGUGAAAGGGGGCUCCAGAAGGCAGCUCUCCCAUCUUGGGUCAUUGUUUAUUUAGCCAGAUACUUGAAACUAUUUGUAUAUUUCAUAUAAAUGCUUCCUUGCUUCCUUCCUGCCUGCCCUAAAACUCCCUUCCCUACUUGAUACCCCUCUGUAUUUAAACAAAAACAACACACACACACACACACACACACACACACACACACACACACACACACACACACACACACGUUUGUAGUUCAGCUCCCAUCCUAGGCAGUUAUACAUUUCCAUUCCCAGAGUCUCUGCAGUGGAUUCUGUCAGGGGUUUUGUGGGGAAGAGGGAGUUUUGACAAAUGACACCUUGGUCAUCCAGGGGUCUUUGUUAAACCCCACCCCCUCAGGUCUAAUGCAUCAGUUUCCCUGAUAUUCCCAUUGAAGCUGAAGUCUCCUUUGCAGAUUCCACUACCCCACCAAAAAUGAACGAAGAUUCGUACCCCUAGAAGAGAGGGCCUUUUCAGCACAAGAAGUUACUUUAUCCUAGCAUUGCCAUAAAAACAUAUGAUGACUUUUAAACAGGAUUCACAUUUUCCUUUGAAGCCCUUGAACAUUAUUUCCACUCCCCACUUUGCAUGGUGGAGGUCAUGAAACCAGCUUAAAUCACUCUCAACAGAGCUGGCAUCCUCACUUUUGCCUAUGUUCUGUCUGAAGUCUCCUAUGCCCCACCCUCCCUUGAAUGUCCACUGGUCUGGACCUUUAUUCUUGCCCAUCAUCAAUGGAGCCGUAGGGGAUAGGAAGUCAUACAGGGGUCCAUAAGGGGUGCCAAGACAUCGCCCUUCAGUUCCAGUGCCUGUACUCAUAAUAGACUUCAGCUCACCAUCUUCACAUCAUUAGCCCUGCCUGCCAUAUUAGGAACUCAGGCUAUCAUUCUCCUUCCGUGUCCCAGCCUUUGAGUGAGUGUAUACAUUUUUGGAAAGAGUCUUAGAGGACUCCCCCAGACAUGGACAAAGUAUGGCUCAGCCAUAAUUUAGUCUUGCAUAAGCUGAGGAGGCAGAAUCCCUAUUGUUGUACAUGUGUGGGGAAUACAUGGUUAUUGUGGCCAGAUUUUUUGAGGCUAUUGAAGGGAAUCUGAAACUUUGAGGGUGGAGAGAGUCAAAGUCUUAGGAGAUGUGAAGUGUUCAAUGUUGGAUUGAUGUCUCAGAGAAAGAAUGGUAAAAUUAAAAUUUCAGUCCUUUCUUCUCGGUUGGGCUGGCAUGUAUUUUGAGGUCAGAGGAAAUGAGUUAGUCUAGCUUCUCUGCCUCUAGGGUGGGAGUCCAAGGAGCAUCUCCUGUCUGCAGUGUCCCUUGUGUAUUAAAACUAUCCAGUCUUCCUUUCAUUUUUUGAGUAAGUUGAGGAUUUUUCACUUCAUUCCCUGCCACAAUGGCACUUUUAAUUUGAGCUUUGCUUGAGAAACAUUCAGAACUGAGAGAUGUGAUAUCAUUGUUGAAUGAAAAAGGCUCUAUCCAUCAAGAAAUUGCCACAACAAAAAUCCAAUAUGGCAGUCACAGUCAAGAGACCCAAGUAUGGAUAAGCUGUGUAGUUAUGAAUAGUGGCUGAAUUGAGCAGAAUAGGUGAAAGACAUAGUGGUUAUAUCAGGCAAGAUUGUAGGUUGCACAGAUAAAAUUUGUCUAUUUUUUUAUAUCUAGCACAACUUCCUAGUUUUUCUUUUGUUUUUUCAUUUUUCUUUUCCUUUUUUUCC